AAUUUUACAGUCUCCUGUUGAAUGAUAACAUGUUUGCAGAGAUGUGUGUGUAUACAUAUACGAUUACAACCAAAAAAAAUAUACGUAUGAUAUGAACAAUCUCUCUCUCUCUUCUCUGUCCUGUCGUGAAUCUCUCUCUCUCUCUCUCUCUCUCUGCUCUGUUCAGUAUUCAAAGGGAGAGUGUGCAACCUGGCAGCAAAUUAGCAAUGCAUGCCUGUCACUGUUUCUGAUGCUCAAACUCUCUCUAAAAUCUCUCUCUCCCCAAUUUUUGUGACAGAUAAUUCAAAGGGAAACCCCCCAUUACGCAGAUCUGGUGAACUCUCCCAAAACCCAUAGCUCGAUUCGUUGUUUGUAGUUGUUGUUAUUAUUCUUCUUCUUCACACCAUGAAAGUAACCCAGAGAGAUUCUGAGAAGGUGGUUUGGGAUCAGAUGAGAAACCCAUCAUCAAUGACACCCAUUACUGUUAUGGGUUUAUCAAAUCGAACGAUGCCCAAGUUCAUGACCUGGCUCAUCCUCUUCGUCUCCGUCACUUACAUCAUCUACACUCUGAAACUCGUCUCUUCUAAUUCACGCAGUUGCGACGACGACCCCCUUUUCACCACCACCCACAACCGCCUUGUUUCUCUCCAAUCUCCACCCAUCGAAAAACCCAGUUCAGACCCACCAAAAAACCACAACAAAACAGAGCUCAAACACAUCAUGUUCGGCAUUGCAGCCUCGGCAAAGCUCUGGGACCAGAGAAAAAACUACAUCAAGGUCUGGUGGAAACCGAACGAAAUGAAAGGCAUAGUGUGGCUAGACAACCCGGUUCAGACCAAACCCGAAGAACCCCUUCCGGAGGUUCGAAUCUCCGGGGACACUACCAUGUUCAAGUACACCAACAAAGAGGGUCACCGAUCGGCGAUUCGGAUCUCCCGAAUCGUCUCGGAAACGUUCCGACUCGGUACCGAAGACAUACGGUGGUUCGUGAUGGGGGACGAUGACACGGUCUUCGUCACCGACAAUUUAGUGAGAGUUUUGUCCAAGUACGAUCAUACCCAGUACUAUUACAUCGGAAGCUCGUCGGAGAGUCAUUUGCAGAACAUAAAUUUCUCCUACGGAAUGGCUUAUGGAGGAGGUGGGUUUGCCAUAAGUUAUCCAUUGGUGAAAGCUUUGGAGAAAAUGCAAGAUCGCUGUGUUCAGAGGUAUCCUGCCUUGUUCGGUUCCGAUGAUCGGAUUCAAGCCUGUAUGGCUGAACUCGGUGUUCCACUCACUAAACAACUCGGUUUCCACCAGUAUGAUGUGUAUGGGAACCUAUUUGGGCUCCUCGCCGCCCACCCAGUGACACCAUUCGUGUCGUUGCACCACCUUGACGUGGUUGAACCCAUUUUCCCUAACGUCACACAGGUAGAAGCCUUGGAGCGACUUAAAAUCCCUAUGAAGCUCGACUCAGCAGGACUCAUACAACAAUCAAUUUGCUACGAUAGAGUCCAGAAAUGGACCGUCUCUGUAUCAUGGGGCUUCGCGGUUCAAGUUUUCCGGGGUGUUUUAUCGCCCCGGGAAAUAGAAAUGCCCUCGAGGACGUUCCUGAAUUGGUAUAGGAGAGCUGAUUACACGGCCUAUGCAUUCAACACGAGGCCGGUCAGCCGGAAUCCUUGUCAGAAGCCCUUUGUGUUCUACUUGUCGAGGGCAAGAUUAGAUUCUUGGAUGAAUCAAACGGUGAGCGAGUAUGUUCGGCAUCACAUUCCUCAUCCUGCGUGCAGAUGGAAGAUGCGGAAUCCCGCUGACCUUGACAGAGUGGAGGUUUAUAAAAAACCUGACCCUCAUCUAUGGGAUAGGUCUCCGCAGAGAAACUGUUGCAGGAUCAUGAGCUCGAGCAGAAGAAGCAUGGUGGUGGAUGUGGGUGUGUGGGGAAGGUGAGAUCAGUGAAAUAUCAUGU